AUGAGUCCAAUCGCACCCUUCGAGCGUAAACACAAGGUUACUGUCGUCGGCUCAGGAAACUGGGGCUGUGCGAUCGCCAAGAUUGUCGCCGAGAAUGCCGCCAGCAAUCCUGACGUUUUCGAGAAGGAUGUUCAGAUGUGGGUGUUCGAAGAGAAAGUUGAAAUCUCUAAAGACUCCCGUCACUAUAACCCCUCGUCGCCUUUGUGCCAGGGUCCCCAGAACUUGACGGAUGUGAUCAACACCACCCAUGAAAACAUCAAAUAUCUGCCGGGCAUCACGCUGCCCACCAACCUGCAUGCCAACCCUUCCUUGGUGGAUGCGGUGCAGGAUAGUACUAUCCUUGUCUUCAACCUGCCCCACCAAUUUAUCAUCAAAACCUGUGAGCAGAUCAAGGGGAAGAUUCUGCCAUACGCCCGUGGUGUUUCAUGUAUCAAGGGUGUCGAUGUGCAGGAGGAGGGAAUCAGCCUGUUCUCCGAGACGAUCGGCAAGAUUCUGGGGAUCUACUGUGGCGCGCUCUCUGGAGCCAACAUCGCCAGCGAAGUUGCUCAAGAGAAAUGGUCCGAGUCGAGUAUCGCCUAUGAUCCUCCUCAUCUAGACUCGAAAGCCCCCACUCCUAAUCGCUCGCCUUCUGCCUCCACAACGGAUGUGGUCCACUUUGAGCACCGCGAUGUCUCGGGCCAAUUCUCGCGAGUGAAAUUGCAGGCACUGCCCAUUGAUUAUCCCCCCAUUGACCACGAUGUUCUGAAGUCGCUUUUCCACCGCCCGUAUUUCCACAUUCGGAUGGUGCAUGACGUCGCGGGAGUCUCCCUUGGUGGUGCCCUUAAGAACAUUGUUGCCCUUGCUGCCGGCUGGGUUGACGGCAUGGGGUGGGGCGACAACGCCAAAGCUGCAGUCAUGCGUGUCGGUCUGCUAGAGAUGGUCAGAUUCGGAGAAAAGUUCUUCGGUGCAACCUUCGAACCUCGGACCUUCACGGAGGAGAGUGCCGGUGUUGCCGAUCUGAUCACCAGCUGCAGCGGAGGACGUAACUUCCGCUGCGCGAAGCUUAGCGUGGAAAGAAAGCAGCCGAUCGAAAAGAUCGAAGAGACGGUCCUCAAUGGUCAAAAAUUGCAAGGCACCCUGACUGCAUAUGAGGUGAACAGUUUCCUCAAGAAGCAGGGUCGCGAGGAAGAAUUCCCCUUGCUUACCGCUGUUUACCGCAUUCUCGAGGGCACAAUGUCUGUCGCAGAUAUCCCUUCUUAUAUUGAGCGGUAA